CAGUUUUUUCCCAAAAAACACUGCAAAACCAAGCAGUUUUUUUCAUUAAAACCCAGCUCUAAACCAGCCCCAAAAUACGAUGAAACUCACAAGCUUCGGUUGAGUUCGAUGUGCGUUUCGUUAGCUCCUUUUCGAGUUUGUCCCGGUUUUGGUUGAUACUUAUCCAACUGUAAAGCUUUCUUUGGAGACUCUUGUUAAAUUGAGAAGUGUCAUCUUAAAGUUUCCGGUUCAAGUUUCAAAAGAACAUCACUCCUUUCCUCCGUAACGCCGCCUGCUUCUGGCUUCUCUUUGGACGGUGAAAUGUUGGGGGAAGGAUGAGUGUAAUGUUUAGAGGUAGAAGCAUUUUGGUCCGUCUUUCACGGCGAUCUACGCUCCUCCAGAGAAGAACACUUUGCGGCAACAACAAGCAAAUCACCCUCGGCAACAAUAACAACGGCAAGGUCAGUAGUAAUAGUGCCGAGGAAGUUAACAACUCUGUUUCUUUAAGUCGUCACGAUGCUUAUAAACAGUUGGAGAACCUGGACUUUAUGACUGCUGCCAAGAUGCUUUUUACGGACCCACCCAAGAAGAAGAAAUUCGGGAUUGAUUUUCAUCUGGUACAAUUCUUCUUUGCCUGCUUGCCUUCACUUGCUGUAUAUUUGGUGGCUCAGUAUUCUCGCUAUGAAAUGAGAAGAAUGGAGGCGGAAGCCGAAUUGAAAAAGAAAGCUGAAGAAGAAGCAAAAGCAAAAGAGCUGGAAUUGAUGGCUGAGGAGGAAAAACAAGCAACUGAUCCACAACUUUCUGAGGUGAAAGCAAGACUAGAUAAGUUGGAGGAGACCAUAAAAGAAAUUGUGGUCGAUUCCAAGAAACAAUCAAAUGAUGUUGCCGAAAGAUCAGUCAGCAAUGCUGUCAAGAAAGGACCUGGAACAACCGAGCCAGGAACUCCUGACGCUAAGGAAAAGACAACUUCCUCUAGUGAUGGAAAAACUCAACCAAGAACAUCUUUGCCUGAUCAAAAGCAAAUAAAAAAUGAAGGUUCCUCCCCUGACGCAAAGAAAUGAAUUCAUUAGCAUAUAUUAUUUCGCAUAGUCAAGCUUUUUGAAGAGUUCGAAGUGCAUAGCUUUGCAGAACAGGGAAAAGCCACUGCUUUUAAGUGCUGUUGCUUCAUUUUUCUCAAAUCAAUGUGAAUUAGAAGAAAUUUGGAAGAUGUAACAUUUGCUAAGGAUCAUUGCUGCCAUUUUAAUGGAUCAUUAGCAGAAAAGCUUAGUUUUGGAGCAUCAGACAUUUGACGAUAUCAUUGUUUUGUUAAGAAUCUGGGUACACGGGAAUGUAUAAUUUCGAUAAUAGAAGGCACCUAAGCCAUUUUUCUGCUA